UUAUAGUGGGACUGUGAUAGUGCAGCAGCCAAUCUGACACCUAACUGACACUUUGUGGGAACUAUCUGACACUGACAUCUCCAGUGACACUAAUACAGUGAUCAGUGCUAAUAUUAUACACUGUCACUGUACUAAGGAUGCUGGCUGGGAAGGGAUUAACAUUUAGGGGCAAUCAAGGGGUUACAGUAAUUUGUGUGCCUAAUAAUGUGCAGUGUGUUUCUCCUCCCUGUCAGCCCCUGUACACUGCUUUGCAUGGCUGUGAACAGCACAGCCAUGCAAAGCAGUAU